AAAGCAGUGGGGUGAGGGGAUGUGUGGACUCACACAAAGGAUCAGCUGGGACCAUGCAGGCAGUGAGUUCUUCCACAGCAGGACCUGCCCAGCCACAGGACCUGCAGCCUCUGGUGAGCACAGCACCAAUGCAGGUUUGAGCAUCCGAGGAGCCCAGGAGGAAGACCCUCCCGACCCUCAGCUAAUGAGACUAGACAAUAUGCUUCUGGCAGAAGGAGUCUCAGGUCCAGAGAAAGGUGGGGGAUCGGCGGCAGGGGGCGCAGCAGCCUCUGGAGGGUCUUCAGAUAACUCUAUUGAACACUCAGAUUACAGAGCCAAAUUGACCCAGAUCAGACAAAUCUAUCACACAGAGCUGGAGAAAUAUGAACAGGCGUGUAAUGAAUUUACCACUCAUGUAAUGAACCUCCUCAGAGAGCAGAGCCGGACACGCCCCAUUUCUCCCAAGGAGAUUGAAAGGAUGGUGGGCAUCAUCCAUCGAAAGUUCAGCUCCAUCCAGAUGCAGCUCAAACAAAGCACUUGUGAAGCAGUAAUGAUUUUAAGAUCAAGGUUCCUCGAUGCCAGACGGAAAAGGCGUAACUUCAGUAAACAAGCCACGGAAAUCUUGAACGAGUAUUUUUACUCCCACCUCAGUAACCCCUACCCCAGUGAAGAAGCCAAAGAAGAGCUGGCAAAGAAAUGCAGCAUCACAGUAUCGCAGGUGUCCAACUGGUUUGGCAAUAAGAGAAUCAGGUACAAGAAGAACAUUGGGAAGUUCCAGGAGGAAGCCAAUCUCUACGCGGCAAAGACGGCCGUGACUGCAGCGCACGCCGUGGCCGCGGCCGUCCAGAACAACCAGACCAACUCCCCCACCACCCCCAACUCUGGUUCUUCUGGUUCUUUUAACCUCCCAAAUUCUGGGGACAUGUUCAUGAACAUGCAGAGUCUGAAUGGGGAUUCUUACCAGGGGUCCCAAGUCGGAGCCAAUGUGCAAUCACAGGUGGAUACCCUGCGUCAUGUUAUCAAUCAGACGGGAGGAUACAAUGAUGGCUUGGGAGGAAAUUCACUGUACAGUCCACAUAAUUUAAAUGCUAAUGGAGGCUGGCAGGACGCAACCACUCCAUCUUCUGUGACUUCCCCUACAGAAGGGCCGGGAAGUGUGCACUCGGAUACCUCUAACUAAUCUCCUAGCAACACUUUUUCCCUGAGCUGAGAUGCCUUGAUUAGCGCAUUCAGAGUUGCAGGAGAAAAAGGAAAGAGUUUUUUGUAGCCAACCACCUACAGCUUUACUGUAAAACCUUGUCUUAUUAGAAAACUUGGUAAAUCUGUUUUUUAAAGGUAUCAUAAUCAUUUGUAUUUAUACUUAAAACACACAAUGUUAAAAAGCACUUUAUCCAAUUAGGCCAAGAUUUAGCAUUGUUUAUAGCCCUGUAACUAUUUUAUCAUAAUUUAUUGUCAGCAGUUUUAAUGAUGUUGGUCUAACAGUUGCCAAUUACUUGGCCUUAAGGGUAAAAGUACAGGACAAGCUUAACCUCAGUAGCAAGAGCAGACACAAAGAACCGCCUCACCCAAAUUUAAUUGUGUGCAUAUUUCCAUGGAAAGUCGACAGGAAUCACAGACUUUGAUUGUGUUUCAUCUUUUCAUAUCUCUCACAGAGCUGGAAUAAAAAGAGCUGUUCAGUUAUUUCGGUUAACAAUGGUCGUGUUUAAGAAUCCUUAUUCGUCACAUUUUUGUUGAGAUCUAUUGUCUUACAAAUUAGAUUGGAAGCCAGGAGCAUCUUUUCUUGCUCAAGCCCCCCGGAGGCCGAGUCUCCUCUCCGUGCCCGGCACGGACCCAGGUUGUUCUUGGGAGACGCCGACUCUCGCUGCCGGUCUCUGUGCACGCCACACCCGGGGUUUUACAGUACGAGCUGGGUGCUGCCCACGCCUGCCAAGGGCUGGUGCCUCUCGCAGGCAGCAAACCGCAAACAAAGGAAAAGGAAAGGAAAAAGCACCGUGAUAUGGAGUGUUGUACAUAGUGUAGCAAAAGAGUAUUUAUACAUCUCACCAAUCAAACACAGCUUUAUUACCUCAUGCGAACUCAUACAAACCAAUAGACUUUCAACAUGUUCUGUAGCUUAGAGUGCUCACUUACUACCUCUGAACGAUACUCACGCUGUAGUUUGUCUCUUUCUUAUCUUUUUGCAUCUUGUAAUUAACUCUUUGUUUCCCCACGAAAUGUAAUGUACAUUGUAAUCUCCUACAAAUCAGGGUUGCCUUGGCAACUGCUAAAGAAGCGGAAGUGGAAACAUGGGGUCUUAGGUUGGACACAAAACAGUGCAACUGUUGUAAAUACUGAGAAGCAUUUUGAAUGUUCUUCAUCUUGUUACUAAUACACGCAAAAACCAACAACUAAUUGUAAUGCAUACAGACUUCAGUAUUCAGUACUGUACAUCCCCCUGGAUUGCAGGGGCCCUUUCUCUCUCUCUUUUGUAUUGUAUGCGAUUCUGAAACUGAUUGAGUCAUGAAAAUAAUUUGUGGCAGUGAUUCUAAUGUAUUAAACCGUUUCGUGUUACUUUCUAACUGGAUUACACCCUGGAUUGAAAAGUCUUCCUCGUGGUAGUUAUAUGUAGUUUCAAACAUGAAUAAACUUUUUGCUUUCAUGAUCAAAUGUUGACGUAAUUUCUUCCUGCUCAGUUCAAGUCAGCGCGAGGAGAUGCGUGGUCUCCAGAAGAGCGAGCUGGCACGGAGCAGGAGCUGAGCAUCUCUGAAACACCAGCAGGUCCUUGUGCCCUCUUGCCAGGAGAGAAUUGGAAAUCCUGGCAGAGGCACAUCCUGGGCAAAGGCUUCCACCUGCUAGCGCCUGCCUCCGCUGCCACCCUGCUCUGCUUGGGAGCCACAAAUCAAGUGGAGGUAAAGGAAGGGGUCAGGCCUUUAGA